AUGGAGCGCGGGCUGCACCUCGGCGCGGCCGCCGCGGGCGAAGACGACCUCUUCCUGCACAAGAGCCUGAGCGCCUCCGCCGCCAAGCGCUUGGAGGCGGCUUUCCGCUCCCCGCCCCCGAGCAUGGACCUGUCCCUGGCGCCGCCGCCUCGGGAGCGCCCGGCGUCCUCCUCUUCGUCGCCUCUGGGCUGCUUCGAGCCGGCUGACCCCGAGGGGGCAGGGCUGCUGUUGCCGCCGCCCGGCGGAGGCGGCGGCGGCGGCGGCGGCGGCGGGGUGGGCGUCCCCGGGCUGCUCGUGGGCGCUGCCGGCGUUGGGGGCGACCCUAGCCUGAGCAGCCUGCCGGCGGGGGCCGCCCUCUGCCUCAAAUACGGAGAGAGCGCCGGCCGGGGCUCGGUGGCCGAGAGCAGCGGCGGCGAGCAGAGCCCCGACGACGACAGCGACGGCCGCUGCGAGCUGGUUCUGCGGGCCGGCGGCGCCGACCCGCGGGCCUCCCCGGGCGCGGGAGGCGGCGGCGUCAAGGCGGCCGAGGGCUGCUCCAACGCCCACCUCCACGGCGGCGCCAGCGCCCCCCCCGGGGGCCCGGCCGGCAGCGGCGGCGGGGGCAGCGGCGGCGGGGGCAGCGGCGGCGGCGGCGGGGGCAGCAGCAGCAGCAAGAAAUCCAAAGAGCAAAAGGCGCUGCGGCUCAACAUCAACGCCCGGGAGCGCCGGCGGAUGCACGACCUGAACGACGCGCUGGACGAGCUGCGCGCGGUGAUCCCCUACGCGCACAGCCCCUCGGUGCGGAAGCUCUCCAAGAUCGCUACGCUGCUGCUCGCCAAGAACUACAUCCUCAUGCAGGCGCAGGCCCUGGAGGAGAUGCGGCGCCUCGUCGCCUACCUCAACCAGGGCCAGGCCAUCUCGGCCGCCUCCCUGCCCAGCUCCGCGGCGGCGGCGGCGGCGGCCGCUGCCCUGCACCCAGCGCUCGGCGCCUACGAGCAGGCUGCCGGCUACCCGUUCAGCGCCGGGCUGCCCCCGGCCGCCUCCUGCCCGGAGAAGUGCGCCCUGUUCAAUAGCGUCUCCUCCAGCCUCUGCAAACAGUGCACGGAGAAGCCUUAAACAGCCCCCACCCCCGAAAAACAUAAGACCGACCCCAAAGCUAGAGGAGAGU